UUUCCCAAAAACAGCUCUACCUACAUUUACUUGAAAAAUAUUCAAGAAAAACUGUUUGGAGCUUACUAUUCCUCUAGAUUAGUCUCGGAAAAUUUAAGGUAUUCAAAAAAUUAAACAAAAUUAUAAUCCUACUACAAAACGCUUGAUACUUCAAGCGUCUAAAGAUGCAAGAAGAGUGUAAAAGUAUAUUUGCGGCUUGGAAAGAAACAAUCGCUUCUUGCAAUGAAAUCAAAAAACAUACAACUCUUCAACCUCAAAUGGUUAGCGUUAAGGUCGAGCAGGACUGUCCAGAGCUUAGAGUUAGUAGCAGCUCCACAAAGUUGAUAAAUACUGUUACCUGCCCGGACCAAACUAAUCCACCAAUCGGUGAGUCUAGUCUUGACUGUCGAUGUAAUAUUUGUGGAAAACAAUUUAUCGAUAGCCAUCUGUUUGCUAUUCACAUCAAGAAGCAUUAUCGUAAACCUCGACACAAAUGUACGUUUUGUGAGACAGGAUUUUCGUCGAAAGGGGCUCUUGCAAAACAUAUAACCUCUCACACAGGAGAAAAGCCCUACAAAUGCGACGUAUGCGGUAACGGGUUCUCUCGUGAAAGUAACCUGAGAAAUCAUAUGGGAAUUCACAAUAGCGAAAAGUCACACAUAUGCGAUGUGUGCGGUAGAGCCUUCCGGCGAGAGAAAGACUUGGCGACCCAUAGUGAGGUUCACAGUAAAGAGAAAUCGGUUAAAUGUGAUAUCUGUGGCAAAGAAUUGGUUCGUAGUGCUAGUCUUGCAGCACAUAUGAGAAUUCACGUUGGUGAAAAAAAUCUCAAAUGCCAUGUUUGCGGAAGAGGCUUUGUUCAUUCUUCCAGUCUUGCGUAUCACGUUGGAACGCAUAGCGGCGAACAUGCCUACCAAUGGCAAUGUGACGUCUGUGACAAAAAGUUUACCAACAGCAAGAACCUAUCGGAACAUAAACGAGUUCAUAACGAGGAUUUAUACAAAUGUACAAUUUGUGGCAAACAAUAUCCGUAUGCAAACAAUUUGAAAGAUCAUAUGAACACACAUACUGGAGAGCGAGCCUACAAAUGUGAUGUUUGUGGUAAGGAAUUUAUUAAACGCUACAAUCUCAAUUGUCAUAUGCGCCAUCAUACUGGCGAAAGGCCAUAUAAAUGUGAUGUAUGUGGUAGGCAGUUCCUUUAUAACAGUAGCCUAGAAAGGCACAUCGCGACUCAUAAUAGCGAACGAUCGCACAAGUGCGACAUAUGUGGCAAGCAAUUUUUCCGAAAUACGGAUGUUAUAAUCCAUCGGCGCAUGCAUACCGACGAAAAAGCACACAAAUGUAAUAUCUGCGACAAAGCUUAUCUGGAUUUGCCUCGUUUGAAACGCCACAUGCUUCUAAGUCACAGUGCUGAGAGACCGUUCAAAUGUGAUUUUUGCUCGAAAACAUUCGUAGACAAAACUUCACUUGCGAAUCACGCUCCGGUGCAUUCCGGCGAAACACCGUUCGGCUGUGAAAUCUGCGGUAAACGUUUUAAGCAUCAAUCGUAUCUUCGAACGCAUGCACUUUUGCACACGGGCGAACGUCCGUACCAGUGUGCAGUUUGUGGCAAAGGAUGUAUCACAAAAAGUGUACUAAUCGUACACCAACGCGUUCACACUGGCGAGAAACCGUUCGAGUGUGAGUAUUGCGAAAAAAGUUUCAUUAGCAAAGGAUUGUUGGUACAACACAGGAGAAAGCAUUCGGAGCAAAUGAUUUCGGAAACAAUAUCGUCAGUCGAUGCGCAAGUAGAAGUUCGUAAUGAAUGAUAUUGAAUAUACUGGAUUUAUAGUAUGCGUAGAUCAUAACGAUGAGACGAAUUGAUUCAGUAGAAUUAGAGUGUAUGUAAGUAGCGUGACGACAUCUCAUCUGAAUGAAAAUAAAAAUGUUGGCUACAAAACAAAUUUACUGCUUGCGGCUGUUCAACUUUGGCAGGUCUUUGAUUAGUUUGAAAAAAGAAACGAUUGUUUCUAACUGGGCUGUUUAUGUUACUCUACUUAAAUACUUUCUAAGUUGAACGUAUCGAGGCUUCAAAUAAACGUAUUCAUUCUGAA